AUGCACAUAACACGGAGUGCCGUCGAUCCUGGACUAGAACUUUCUUCCUUGGACCCACUCGCCGUGGUGGGAAGCAAUGAUUAUGGUCAGAAUGUUAUUGGUGAAGGGGACAUUUGCAAGAUGAGCCGAUCCAUUCCCUACUCUCAACAACAAGAGAACAACAAGAGUAAGGGAUACCAUCAGCAUCAGCAGUAUCAGCAGUAUCAGCAUCAUCAUCAACAACAUACCGGUACCUUUCAAGCAGAUCGACAGUACAAUCAUUCGCAUCAGUAUCAUCAUCUGAAUGGAUAUUACGGAAAUCAAAGCUAUCAUUACAGAGUUCCCCCAUAUAGUGAACGUCAACACCGCCACUUUGCCUCGACUACUACUUCAGCUACAUCGUCGUGGGCCCCUGAUGGUGGAAAGCGCAAAUCUGAGGAACCCCCCUAUGUAACUCCUCCCAAUACGAGACAGAAAGUAGACAGCGAAGAUUCUUCUGGCGCUGACGAGCAGACAACUACCAGUACAGUGCCUUCGGCUCGGAACCUCCCGUCUAGCUACCCAGCAGCAUCACAUCGAUCCUAUCACCAAAAAGAAUCGAGAUCCAUUGGAUAUCCUCGUUACGACUCUGCUAGGGCACAAUUUUCCUAUGGUAGAACAAAUCAAAAUUCCUGGCAACGCUCAUCAUUGCAAGGUCACGAGUAUCAGAAUGAGAAUAUCCCGCCAACCAGAACCAGCAGCACUACAGCUAGUAGUCCUGAGCAAAGAGGAGAAGACUUGACCUGCAAGGGUUGCCUGGUUGGAAAAGAUUCCAUUCACCUCAAAUUUUUUCACAGCAUACUGACGGAAUCCCUUUAUUCGGGUCUUUCGAAAUCACGGGAUAUCAUGGCCCAACAAAUUCCGGGAUGUGCCUUUAUCCAUGAUGGUCUUUGUUUUGGAUUUGAGAAAAACAAGGGAGACAAGUGGCUGGUGGUGCGAGGUACGGGCUGUUUGGGCAUGGCAGCAGUAGAAAAUAAGUGUCAGAUUUGUCAUGGCCAACAAUCUCACGUCGAUGGAAGGAUGCAAGAACUCAUGGCUACUCAUGCCGAGCCACCGGAACAAGUGUGCCAGACGGCUUCGAUUGACCGCAUCAAGAUGGUUCCGACAUUGGCCGAAAUGAAAAUGCGGCAAAUGAAAUGUGAAAUUGAGGACUACAAGGAGAAUAGUAUUACAGUCGUCAAUGUGUAG